UCUGGCAAAUCGACUCUGAUGAAUGUCCUGACGUGCAGGAACACAGCACAGUACGUCACACAGGGCACAGUGAAGGUCAACGGCGUGGACGUUGGCCACGGCAUCAAGAACAUCUCCGCCUACGUGCAGCAGGAUGAGCUCUUCAUCGGCACACUCACAGUCAGAGAGCAUCUUACAUUCAGGGCCAUGCUGAGAAUGGACCAAACACUAUCAAAGUCCGAUCGUCUCCUAAGAGUCGAAGAGGUCAUCUUAGAGAUGGGACUCAGCAAGUGUGCUGAGACACAGAUCGGGACCCCAGGACGGACCAAGGGCAUCUCUGGUGGCGAGAUGAAGAGGCUGUCCUUCGCUUCUGAGGUUCUGACCAACCCACCACUGAUGUUCUGUGACGAGCCGACGUCAAGCCUGGAUUCGUUCAUGGCCCAGAACAUUGUGCAGACCCUCCAGAACAUGGCGUCCAAAGGCAGAACAAUCUUGUGUACCAUUCACCAGCCGUCGUCAGAGCUCUUCGCCAUGUUCGACCAGUUAUUACUGCUCUCUGAAGGACGGGUGGCAUUUAUGGGUUCAUCGUCGGAUGCAUUGAAGUUCUUUAAAAGCCAGUGUUACUCCUGUCCCCGGAACUUCAACCCGGCAGACUUCUAUAUCCACGUGUUGGCCGUGCAAAUUGGCGAGGAGGAGCAAUGUCGUGAAAAAGUGGAGAAGCUGUGCAAUGCAUUCCGUGAAAGUGACACAUGUCAUCACAUGAAAGACAGUAUUAACGACAUAUGUAAAGAUACACCAGAGAACAGGGCGCUGUCAAUCAUCAUAGAAGAUACAUGUGGAAACGGACGGUAUAGGUACCAGACGACUUGGAUCAGACAGCUCUCCAUUCUACUGUGGAGAAGUUGGAUCUGUGUGUACAGAAAUGCAUCGUUAUUCAGUGCUCGGAUCAUCCAGACAGUGGCGGUAUCAUUGUUGCUGGGACUAGUCUAUCUCAACCAGAAAUACGACCAAAAAGGUGUGAUGAACAUCAACGGUGCCCUGUAUAUCUCCAUCAUGAUGAACUCCGUCACAUGCCUGAUCGCUGUUGUCACUACUUUCACAGAGGAGGUGUCGGUGUUCUUGAGGGAGUAUGGGAGCGGGAUGUACCGCACCGAUGUGUACUAUCUUUCCAAAACCCUCGCCGAGCUUCCAACCUUUUGCGCCGUGCCGUUGAUCUUUGUAGCAAUCCUUUAUUGGAUGAUAGGAUUAUAUAGCGACGGAAUGGCGUUUCUGAUCUGUGCCGGGACAUUCAUACUUUGCUCCAAUGUUGCGCUAUCCUUUGGGUACAUGAUAUCCACGGCGUCCCCGUCGGCGGAGAUAGCACUAGCGAUUGUUGCCCCUUCCCUCAUGCCGAUGGUGUUGUUCGGUGGGAUGUUUCUAAACAACGCAUCGACUCCUGUGUACUUCCUGUGGCUGAAGUACCUGUCCUGGUACCAAUAUGCCUUUGAAAUCACGGCGGUUGUGCAAUGGCGGAAUAUACAGUAUCUAGAGUGUCCGGCUGGUAACAGAACGUCGGGGAACACGACGGAGCCCAAGGCACGUUGUUUCAGAGAUGGCAAGGAUGUUAUAGACUACCUCAGCUUCAGUGAGGACAACCUCAUGCUUGACGUGAUUCUCCUUGUCACCCUCCUCGUCUUCUACCGACUGGUAUCGUUCCUCAUCCUCCUGCUUAAGGCCAGGAGGUCUAGGUCGUAGCGCAACACAAACCAAAAUCCAGACACUCGGCGCCAGAUUGAAGGAAUGAUGGCAGGGCCUCGAGACCGCCCCGAAAGAAGAUGUGUAUCUCAAACUAUGACACAUACGUGUGGGAUAUAAUACAUGUGUCAAUGUCAUCCAGUUGUAACACCUUUAUUUUGAGACACCUACAAAUGGACUUUUAUCUCGUUAAUAUAAUGCACUUAGCAAUGUAGUAGGAAUGUUUAACGAUGUGAAAGCAGGUUGUGCUGAUCACAGGGUGGAUACAGCUUUUUGAGAAAGGGAGGGGGCCGGGGAUGCAGACUUCAUUUUCACCCGUUUUCACGACCCCCCUGGAUCCGCAUGUGCGAUCAUGUUUCUAGCACACCCUGAUAUAACCCCUUUAAAACGGCCUACUCCAUUUCUAAGUAGUAUUGUUAGAUUAGCAAGAUGAUUAUCGCAUUUUAUGUGGCGAGAUUUAGAAACAUGAUUUAUGCCCUGGUCACAUAUACCUGAAAAAAAUCGUCCGAUACCUUGGCGGUCUGGCAGGUGCCUGCACGGUCACUGGUGGGUUGCCGGAAGAUGUGCCACAGGUCCGUUACCGAUGGGAGUGUGGACCACCGGUCGCCGUACGAAUAUAACUUCCGAUUUGUCUGCGAUGUGUCGACGGGUCUUUCCAUACAGUCUUUCCGAUGUCAAAAACAUAGCCGAUGCCUGCGGAUGAUUGUCCAGCUCCCCGUCGGGUAUCUCUCAGUUUUGCCGAUUUUCAGCCCGGUCUGGCAUAUUAAACUAAUCAUUCAUUGCAAAAGCUGAUAUGUGACCUUGGCACAGCACAACCUGUGU